CCGCGGCGUCCCUCCGCUAGAGGGGGGGACCAAGCCAAUUCUCCUUUGCAGCAAAAAAUUACAUGUAUAUAUUAUCAAGAUAAUAUAUACAUCCGAUCUUAUUUUUUAAAAAAAAGUUUAUUUUGCUCCGAUUUUGAAAAAGAGGGAGCGUGGGUGGCCAGCGGUUUUUAUAAAUUAUUCUUAUUUUCUGUUAUCUGUCCCCGUCCCUCCCCACCCCCUGCUGAAGCUUGAAUAAGGGCAGGGAUCGCGGCUCCUACCUAUCGGUCACCCCCUUGCCCGUUCCUCCCCCGCCCCGACGCCUAGCACAGUGCCCUGCACACAGUAGGCGCUCAAUAAAUGUUCGUGGAUGAUGAUGAUGAUGAUGAUGAAAAAAAUGCAGCAUCAACGGCAGCAGCAAGCGGACCACGCGAACGAGGCAAACUAUGCAAGAGGCACCAGGCUCCCUCUUUCUGGUGAAGGACCAACUUCUCAGCCGAAUAGCUCCAAGCAAACCGUCCUGUCUUGGCAAGCCGCGAUCGACGCUGCUAGACAGGCCAAGGCUGCCCAAACUAUGAGCACCUCUGCACCCGCACCUGUAGGAUCUCUCUCCCAAAGAAAACGUCAGCAAUACGCCAAGAGCAAAAAACAGGGUAACUCGUCCAGCAGCCGACCUGCCCGCGCCCUUUUCUGUUUGUCACUCAAUAACCCCAUCCGAAGAGCCUGCAUUAGUAUAGUGGAAUGGAAACCAUUUGACAUAUUUAUAUUAUUGGCUAUUUUUGCCAAUUGUGUGGCCUUAGCUAUUUACAUCCCAUUCCCUGAAGAUGAUUCUAAUUCAACAAAUCAUAACUUGGAAAAAGUAGAAUAUGCCUUCCUGAUUAUUUUUACAGUCGAAACAUUUUUGAAGAUUAUAGCGUAUGGAUUAUUGCUACAUCCUAAUGCUUAUGUUAGAAAUGGAUGGAAUUUACUGGAUUUUGUUAUAGUAAUAGUAGGAUUGUUUAGUGUAAUUUUGGAACAAUUAACCAAAGAAGCAGAAGGCGGCAACCACUCCAGUGGCAAAUCGGGAGGCUUUGAUGUCAAAGCCCUCCGCGCCUUUCGAGUGUUACGACCACUUCGACUAGUAUCAGGAGUGCCCAGUUUACAAGUUGUCCUGAACUCCAUCAUAAAAGCCAUGGUUCCCCUCCUUCACAUAGCCCUUUUGGUGUUAUUUGUAAUCAUAAUCUAUGCUAUUAUAGGAUUGGAACUUUUUAUUGGAAAAAUGCACAAAACAUGUUUUUUUGCUGACUCAGAUAUCGUAGCUGAGGAGGACCCAGCACCGUGUGCGUUCUCAGGGAAUGGACGCCAGUGUACUGCCAAUGGCACGGAGUGCAGGAGUGGCUGGGUUGGCCCCAAUGGCGGCAUCACCAACUUUGAUAACUUUGCCUUUGCCAUGCUCACCGUGUUUCAGUGCAUCACCAUGGAGGGCUGGACAGACGUGCUCUACUGGGUAAAUGAUGCGAUAGGAUGGGAAUGGCCAUGGGUGUAUUUUGUUAGUCUGAUCAUCCUUGGCUCAUUUUUCGUCCUUAACCUGGUUCUUGGUGUCCUUAGUGGAGAAUUCUCAAAGGAAAGGGAGAAGGCGAAAGCGCGGGGAGACUUCCAGAAGCUGCGGGAGAAGCAGCAGCUGGAGGAGGAUCUCAGGGGCUACCUGGACUGGAUCACCCAAGCAGAAGAUAUUGAUCCCGAGAACGAAGAAGAAGGAGGAGAGGAAAGCAAACGAAAUACCAGCAUGCCCACCAGUGAGACGGAGUCUGUGAACACGGAGAACGUGAGUGGGGAAGGCGAGAACCAAGGCUGCUGUGGGAGCCUCUGGUGCUGGUGGAGAAGAAGAGGCGCCACCAAGGCCGGGCCCUCUGGGUGUCGGCGGUGGGGUCAAGCCAUCUCAAAGUCCAAGCUCAGCCGACGCUGGCGCCGCUGGAACCGCUUCAGUCGCAGAAGGUGUAGGGCUGCCGUGAAGUCUGUCACGUUUUACUGGCUGGUUAUUGUCCUGGUGUUUCUCAACACCUUAACCAUUUCCUCUGAGCACUACAACCAGCCUGACUGGUUGACACAGAUUCAAGAUAUUGCUAACAAAGUCCUCUUGGCUCUGUUCACCUGCGAGAUGCUUGUAAAGAUGUACAGCUUGGGUCUCCAGGCAUAUUUCGUCUCUCUUUUCAAUCGGUUUGAUUGCUUCGUGGUGUGUGGAGGAAUUACUGAAACGAUCUUGGUGGAACUGGAAAUCAUGUCUCCUCUGGGCAUCUCUGUGUUUCGCUGUGUUCGGCUCUUGAGAAUUUUCAAAGUGACCAGGCACUGGACCUCCCUGAGCAACUUGGUGGCAUCCUUGUUAAACUCCAUGAAGUCCAUCGCUUCGCUGCUGCUUCUGCUUUUUCUCUUCAUCAUCAUCUUUUCCUUGCUGGGGAUGCAGCUGUUCGGCGGCAAGUUUAAUUUCGACGAAACGCAAACCAAGCGGAGCACCUUUGAUAAUUUCCCUCAAGCGCUUCUAACGGUGUUCCAGAUUCUGACAGGUGAAGACUGGAAUGCUGUGAUGUACGAUGGCAUUAUGGCCUACGGGGGCCCGUCGUCUUCGGGAAUGAUCGUCUGCAUCUACUUCAUCAUCCUCUUCAUUUGUGGUAACUAUAUUCUACUGAACGUCUUCUUGGCCAUCGCUGUAGACAACUUGGCAGAUGCUGAAAGCCUGAAUACUGCUCAGAAAGAGGAAGCUGAGGAAAAGGAAAGGAAGAAGAUUGCCAGAAAAGAAAGCCUGGAAAAUAAAAAGAACAACAAACCAGAAAUUAACCAGAUAGCCAACAGUGACAACAAGGUCACCAUCGAUGACUACCGAGAAGAAGAUGAGGACAAAGACCCCUACCCGCCUUGUGAUGUGCCAGGUGAAGAGGAAGAGGAGGAGGAAGAGGAUGAACCCGAGGUUCCUGCUGGCCCCCGUCCUCGAAGAAUGUCUGAGUUGAACAUGAAAGAGAAAAUCACCCCCAUCCCCGAAGGGAGCGCUUUCUUCAUUCUUAGCAAGACCAACCCGAUCCGCGUGGGCUGCCACAAGCUCAUCAACCACCACAUCUUCACCAACCUUAUCCUCGUCUUCAUCAUGCUGAGCAGCGCUGCCCUCGCCGCCGAGGACCCCAUCCGCAGCCACUCCUUCCGGAACACUAUACUGGGUUACUUUGACUAUGCUUUCACAGCCAUCUUUACUGUUGAAAUCCUGUUGAAGAUGACGACUUUCGGAGCUUUCCUCCACAAAGGGGCUUUCUGCAGGAACUACUUCAACUUACUGGAUAUGCUGGUCGUUGGGGUGUCUCUGGUGUCAUUUGGGAUCCAAUCCAGUGCCAUCUCUGUUGUGAAGAUCCUGAGAGUCUUAAGGGUUCUGAGACCGCUCAGGGCAAUCAACAGAGCAAAAGGACUUAAGCACGUGGUCCAGUGUGUCUUUGUGGCCAUCCGGACAAUUGGCAACAUCAUGAUCGUCACCACCCUCCUCCAGUUCAUGUUUGCUUGCAUCGGGGUGCAGCUCUUCAAGGGAAAGUUUUAUCGAUGCACAGAUGAAGCCAAAAGUAACCCCGAAGAAUGCAGGGGGCUCUUCAUCCUUUACAAGGAUGGGGAUGUCGAUAACCCUGUGGUCCGUGAGAGGAUCUGGCAAAACAGCGACUUCAACUUUGACAACGUCCUCUCAGCUAUGAUGGCUCUGUUCACGGUCUCCACGUUCGAGGGCUGGCCCGCGUUGCUGUACAAAGCCAUCGACUCGAACGGAGAGAACGUCGGCCCCAUCUACAACUACCGCGUGGAGAUCUCCAUCUUCUUCAUCAUCUACAUCAUCAUCGUAGCAUUCUUCAUGAUGAACAUCUUUGUGGGCUUCGUCAUCGUCACAUUUCAGGAGCAGGGGGAGAAAGAGUAUAAGAACUGUGAGCUGGACAAAAAUCAGCGUCAGUGUGUUGAAUACGCCUUGAAAGCACGUCCCUUGCGGAGAUACAUCCCCAAAAACCCCUACCAGUACAAGUUCUGGUACGUGGUGAACUCCUCGCCCUUCGAGUACAUGAUGUUUGUCCUCAUCAUGCUCAACACACUCUGCUUGGCCAUGCAGCACUACGAGCAGUCCAGGAUGUUUAAUGACGCCAUGGACAUCCUGAACAUGGUGUUCACCGGGGUGUUCACUGUCGAGAUGGUUUUGAAAGUCAUUGCAUUUAAACCUAAGGGGUACUUUAGUGAUGCCUGGAACACGUUUGACUCCCUCAUCGUAAUCGGCAGCAUUGUAGACGUGGCGCUCAGCGAAGCUGACCCAACUGAAAGUGAAAAUGUCCCUGUCCCAACUGCUACACCUGGGAACUCUGAAGAGAGCAAUAGAAUCUCCAUCACCUUUUUCCGUCUUUUCCGAGUGAUGCGAUUGGUGAAGCUUCUCAGCAGGGGGGAAGGCAUCCGGACACUGCUGUGGACUUUUAUUAAGUCCUUCCAGGCGCUCCCGUAUGUCGCCCUUCUCAUCGCCAUGCUGUUCUUCAUCUACGCGGUUAUCGGCAUGCAGAUGUUUGGGAAAGUUGCCAUGAGAGAUAACAACCAGAUCAACAGGAACAACAAUUUCCAGACCUUUCCCCAAGCAGUACUGCUGCUCUUCAGGUGUGCGACGGGGGAGGCCUGGCAGGAAAUCAUGCUGGCCUGCCUCCCAGGAAAGCUCUGUGACCCCGAGUCCGAUUACAACCCCGGGGAGGAGCACACCUGCGGGAGCAACUUUGCCAUUGUCUAUUUCAUCAGUUUUUACAUGCUCUGCGCAUUUCUGAUCAUCAACCUGUUUGUGGCUGUCAUCAUGGACAAUUUCGAUUAUCUGACCCGGGACUGGUCUAUACUGGGGCCUCACCAUUUAGACGAAUUCAAAAGAAUAUGGUCCGAAUAUGACCCCGAGGCAAAGGGAAGAAUCAAGCACCUGGACGUGGUCACUCUGCUCCGCCGCAUCCAGCCCCCCCUGGGGUUCGGGAAAUUGUGUCCACACAGGGUAGCCUGCAAGAGACUAGUUGCCAUGAACAUGCCGCUCAACAGUGAUGGGACAGUCAUGUUUAAUGCAACUCUGUUUGCUUUGGUCCGAACGGCUCUUAAAAUCAAGACGGAAGGGAACCUAGAACAAGCUAAUGAAGAACUCCGAGCUGUGAUCAAGAAAAUCUGGAAGAAAACCAGCAUGAAACUACUUGACCAAGUUGUCCCUCCAGCUGGUGAUGAUGAGGUAACCGUGGGGAAGUUCUAUGCCACUUUCCUGAUACAGGACUACUUUAGGAAAUUCAAGAAACGGAAAGAACAAGGACUGGUGGGAAAAUACCCCGCGAAGAGCAGCACAAUUGCCCUACAGGCGGGAUUAAGGACACUGCACGACAUUGGGCCAGAAAUCCGGCGUGCUAUCUCAUGUGAUUUGCAAGAUGACGAGCCGGAGGAAACAAAAGGCGAAGAAGAAGAAGAUGUGUUCAAAAGAAAUGGUGCCCUGCUUGGAAACCAUGUCAAUCAUGUUAAUAGUGAUAGGAGAGAUUCCCUUCAGCAGACCAAUACCACCCACCGUCCCCUGCAUGUCCAAAGGCCUUCAAUUCCACCUGCAAGUGAUACUGAGAAACCGCUGUUUCCUCCAGCAGGAAAUUCGGUGUGUCAUAACCAUCAUAACCAUAAUUCCAUAGGAAAGCAAGUUCCCAGCUCAACAAAUGCCAAUCUCAAUAAUGCCAAUAUGUCCAAAGCUGCCCCUGGAAAACGGCCCAGCAUUGGGAACCUUGAGCAUGUGUCUGAAAAUGGGCAUCAUUCCUUCCACAAGCAUGGCCGUGAGCCUCAAAGAAGGUCCAGUAUUAAAAGAACGCGCUAUUAUGAAACUUACAUUAGGGCUGACUCAGGAGACGAGCAGUUCCCAACUAUUUGCCGGGAAGACCCAGAGAUACACGGCUACUUCAGGGACCCCUGCUGCUUGGGGGAACAGGAGUACUUCAGCAGUGAGGAGUGCUAUGAGGACGACAGCUCGCCCACCGGGAGCAGGCAGAGCUACAGCUGUGGCUACUAUACCCGAUACCCAGGCAGCAGCUUGGACUUCGAGCGGCCUCGAGGCUACCAUCACCCCCAAAGCUUCUCGGAGGAUGACGACUCACCUGUUUGCUAUGAUUCCCGGAGGUCUCCAAGGAGACGCCUGCUCCCUCCCACCCCAACAUCCCCCCGGAGAUCCUCCUUCAACUUCGAGUGCCUGCGCCGGCACAGCAGCCAGGAGGAGUUCCCGCCAUCCCCCGCCUUCCCCCACCGCACGGCCCUGCCUCUGCACCUGAUGCAGCAACAGAUCAUGGCAGUCGCCGGCCUAGAUUCCAGUAAAGCCCAGAAGUACUCGCCGAGCCACUCCACCAGGUCGUGGGCCACCCCGCCAGCGACCCCGUCGUACAGGGACUGGACGCCAUGCUACACCCCACUGAUCCAGGUCGAGCGGUCGGAGGCCCCGGACCAGGUCAACGGCAGCCUACCAUCCCUGCACCGCAGCUCGUGGUACACGGACGAGCCCGGCGUCUCCUAUCGGACGUUCACACCAGCCAGCCUGACCGUCCCCAGCAGCUUCCACAACAAAAACAGCGACAAGCAGAGGAGCGCAGACAGCUUGGUGGAGGCGGUUCUGAUAUCCGAAGGCUUAGGACGGUAUGCGAGGGACCCAAAAUUCGUGUCAGCGACAAAACACGAAAUCGCUGAUGCCUGUGACCUAACCAUCGACGAGAUGGAGAGUGCAGCCAGCAACCUGCUGAACGGGAACGUGCAUCCCCGGGCCAAUGGGGACGUGGGGCCCGUCUCACGCCGGCAGGACUACGAGCUCCAGGACUUCGGGCCCGGCUAUAGCGACGAGGAGCCAGACCCCGGGAGGGAUGAGGAGGACCUGGCGGAUGAAAUGAUUUGCAUCACCACCCUGUAGCCCCCAGGGAGCGGCCGACUGGCUCUGGCCUCAGGUGGGGCGCCGGAGGGCCAGGGGAAAAGUGCCUCGUAGUUAGGAAAAUGUAGGCACCAGUGUGGAGUCCCUAUUCAAUUUAGACUUUUGUACAAGUGAUGUCAUGCCUCAAGGAAGCCAUAAAUCUGGUAGGGGACAGCCGCACCCACACGCUCAGCCCCAGCUGUGGGCAAGGGCAGGUCCAGCCCUCCUGGAGAGGACCAGCGAGGAGGGCGGACAAGCCCUGCCCGCUUGUCCAGAGCGCUGGCCCGCCACCCGCGGGCACGAGGGGAAGGUUUAAAGGUGAUAACGAUCACCUUACCUAUGUCAUUACCUCAGCCAUCGGUCUAGCAUAUCAGACGUUCACUGGGCCCAGCGUAUCCAUUUUUAAACCUUUUCCCCCCAAAACACACUGCUUCCUGAUUCCUGUUCGGCUCUUCUGAAAUACAGUGUGUAAGUCAGGACCUACCUACCAGCCGUCAUCCUGAGAGGGGAACGGGACCCUGUAAACGGGGUUUUCUGUGACGUGACGCCAGUUUACAGGAGAGAGCAUCACUCUGACGGUUGGUUUCUGACUGUCAGGCAAAGGGCAACUGUAAACUGGAAUAAUAAUGCACUCGCAACCAGGUAAACUUAGAUACGCUCGUUUGUUUAAAAAUUCUAGAUUUACUGUAUAUGACUUGUAAUAUACUAUAAUUUGUAUUUGUAAAGAGAUGGUCUAUAUUUUGUAAUUAUUGUACCGUAUUUGAAAUGCAGCAAUAUCCAUGGGUCCUAAUAAUUGUAGUUCCCCACUCAAAUCUAGAAACUAUUAGUAUUUUUACUCGGGC